GAGUAGUUAGUGUAGACACCACUGGUGGCUCCCACAUCUACGUCACACGUCAGUGACGGUCACAUGACCGCCAACGAAAAUAAACAAGGCAAAACAAUUUCGUCUGAAUCGUUUGAAGAUUUUUUUUCGUGUUUUUAGAGUUAAUAUCAGUUUUUAUUAGAGCUGAGGGGGCGAGAUGAGUAAUAUAUAUAUUCAGGAGCCUCCGACCACCGGAAAGGUCCUGAUGAAGACGUCGGUGGGGGACCUGGACCUGGAGCUGUGGACGAAGGAAGCCCCGAAAGCAUGUAGAAACUUCAUCCAGCUGUGCAUUGAGGGAUACUACAACAACACGAUAUUCCACAGACUCGUCAAGGGGUUCAUAGUGCAGGGAGGGGAUCCCACUGGGACUGGAGAGGGCGGAGAGAGUAUUUACGGACAUCCCUUCAAGGAUGAGUUCCACACGAGACUUCGUUUCUGCCGGCGAGGGCUCCUGGCCAUGGCGAACGCAGGAAAAGACGACAACGGCUCUCAAUUUUUCUUCACAUUCUCAGCAACCCCAGAAUUGCAGAACAAACACACGAUUUUCGGUAAAGUCGCUGGGGAAACGAUCUACAACAUGUUGAAGUUGGAGGACGCCCUCGUGGACAGCAACGAGAGGCCCCAGUACCCCCAGCGGGUGCUGAGAACUGAGGUCCUGAUCAAUCCCUUCACCGACAUCGUCCCAAGGAUCGCCAACACCGACGAAGCCCCAAAGGAGCGGAAAAAAGCCAAGAAAUCUGGAGUCAAAAAUUUCAAACUGCUGUCCUUCGGGGAGGAGGCUGAGGAGGACGAGGAGGAGUCAGUGGUCCUCAGUAAGAAAUUGAGUGGCAGGGGAAAAUCGGCGCAUGACAAUUCAGCUGAUCCUCGGCUGAGCAGUGUCCCAGCUGUUGAGCCCUCGGGGCCUCCUAGCAAGAGGAGGAGAGAGGACAGGAGCAGUGACUGGGAGAGCGAUGGGGAGCCCCAGGAUGAGGAGGAGAUCGCCAGGGGGAGGAAGGAGUCUGCGGAGAUGAAACAGCGAAUUUUCGACAAAUUGAAGGAGAAAAACUCAUCGAAAAACAAGAAACCAGAGCCGAAGUAUGCAGAAGCCUCGGAUCACUCGGAUGACGAGUACUACCUCGGGAAAGAGCGUCACGACGAGCGGAAGAAAAGAGCAGCGGAGAUUCGAAAGGAGAUAAAAGAAUUUAAACGAGGAGUUCACAGUGAAAAAAAGGCGAAAGAAGAGGACGAUCGAAAACAGAAGGAGCAGUUGUCCAAAAAGGUUGAAAGGAAAAAGAUUCUGGACGACUACAUGCCCGAUCAACAGAAGUACGAGGAGGCUAAAGCCAAAAUACCAAAGAAAGGAAAUGAUCGCGACAAAUUCGCUCUGGAGCUGCUCAACAGAUUCAAGACGAAACUCCACUCGAAAAAGAUGGAGUCGCAGACCAGGGAGGGCUCUCUCUCCGACAAACCAGACGACGAUGACGACGUCGAAACAGACGACUCCUGGAUGAUGCACAGACUCCACUGCGAGGAGAAAAAUCCAGUAUUGGCCAAGGACGCCAGCACAAAAGCCGACGAUUGGUUCGAGAUUUACGACCCCCGAAAUCCCCUGAACAAGCGUCGAAGGGGUGAGUCGUCAUCCUCGAAGAGCGAUACCAGAAGAGACAAAGAUGAUAAACGUCGUCCGAAGGAUUGGGCCCCCAAGAAACUAGAGUGCACGGGUCCCCUGCGUCUAGCUCGCCUCUGCAUUCUGGGGAUGUUUCUCCCAGCGAUCUUGGUCGCAGGUCCUGUUUACCUGCGCUACAGAGUCUACUCGGAGCAGCUGUACCCCCUCGCAGCCACCGACCAGCGGCUCAUCGACGGGAAAAUCUCCACCACGUGGUGUCAGCGACAAGUCGUUAAAGUAAAUACGACGUUCAAUGCUUACUUAAUUAAUGGAGAUCCACAAAUGAAAAUAGAGACGACUCCAGUGUCUAUGACGAGGCAUCUGGUGCUUGAGGAUGAUAUGAAGGAGUACUGGGGAUUUUAUUUGCUGAGGGGAAGCAGUGUCACUGUCUCCACUUGUGUCAGAUGGCCAGGUGCAUCAUUGACAAUAAUCCGGGGUCAUAAACACCUGCACGAGUGUGCAUUUAUCGGAGAUGACAGCAGUGAGGAAUUAGAGGAGCUUCUGGAAAUAGCGGAGGAACAGGGCCUCCUUAACGGCACCGGAUAUCCCCUAAAUCCAAAGAAAGAUGGGCCUAGCAAUGAGCCCGAGAAGAUGAAGAGAGCUCACCAGGACGUUGAGUUCCAUCACAAGGGAAACGCCCCUCCCUCGAACAAUACUCUCCCUCUGAUGUCCAGUCACCACUACACGAGUCACGAGCUCGGUGCCAAGGAGAUGCGAGAAAUCCUGACGAAUCUCUUCGCUCGAACAUUAGUAGCGAAAAAGAAACAGAAAGAGAACCCUCACCACCAUUACGAGGGAGUUUACAGGGAAAGUGCCAACAUCGAGAAGCCCCCGCUGGUUCAACCCGACGAAUUGCUGUGGAAACUCGAGACUAUUGAGAAAUUAUUCGGUCGAAAAGCGACAGCAACAACAGCUCAACCACCGAAGAAAACCCAAAUCGAGAGAUCUAAACUAGAAGUUUCAACUCCGUCUCCAAAAUCCAAAGGAAAAUUAGUGAAGGAAAUGGCAAAAGAUGCAGAAACAUCAACGGUUACAUCUUCCGAAGUUCUUGAAGAUGUGCUCAAGCGAAUUGAUGGUCUUGGAGAUCGAGGGAGAAAAGUGCUGGAGAAGUUGUCGGCGAAUUUGAAAGAACGAGAGAAGAAUGAGAAGAAAAUAAAUUCAAGGGAUGGGAAGGGUUUGCUGAGGAGGAAGAGACAGUUGGUGCUGUCGUCGCCAGCCCUGGUUGAUGAAUUGAACAGGCACGAUGAGGAGGAGGACCUGGCAGUGGAAAAGGAAGAUUUGCAUCCUGAUGGAAUCGCGGAAGACAGAGGAACUGUCAACGAAUCGACACUGAACGAUCGAAGUAAUUCGGAGUUCUGGAGCUCCUUCAGCAGCUCUGAGGAGCGGCUCAUGGAGUGCAAGGGGUUAAUACUCAAUCUCCCGUUGACUCCACAUCACCAGUGCACGCCCAAGUAUGAGAACGAACACGUGAAGGCUUCUAUUGCGAACACAGUUACGUACAGAGUCCCAGUUAACGGUUACUACUUCUUCGUCUUCAACUCCGAGAACGAACUGCAGCCGAACUACGUUCGCGUUAAAUUUGACCUCGUGAAGACCUACUACAACACGUCGAAUCCAGUGCACGCUUGUCAGAACUCCACCCAGGAGUGCUCCCUGCCCUUCAACUUCUUCAGCUGGGAGCGAACAGUCCUGGAGCUUCCAUUCAGCGGCAACGACUCCCAGUGGAACGAGGAGUACGUAGUGGUGUCCCAGUGCGAGCCUCGCACCGCCAUCUACCUCGUCUGCAUGAUCACAGUGCCUCUCCUCAUCCUCCUCUUCGCGUUUCAGUGAUGUUUCUAGCUCUUGUGAUUACUUUGGCGAAAUUGCAAAUCAAUUGGCUAGUGAAAAACAGUAUUUUUGAGCGAAUAAUUUUAACUGGGUCAUUUGAGCUUUUUGUAUUCGCGUGUGUGCCUGAAAUAUCUAGAAUUAGGAUGACGAGUACCUCAUUAAUUAAGGGAUUGAUUAACUUUACUACUUGUGAUUGAAUUUUUUUUUUAGGAAAAUAAAGUGGAAGUGAGGAGGUGAAUUAUGACUGAUGAAUUUUUAUGAGUUUAUUUACUUAUUUUUUAUGAGUUUAGUCA